CAUGGGGGACUAUAACAUAGCCAAAUGCAAGAUGUCCAACCGUAUAAAAGUAGCCGAAACUUUUCAAAUGGACAUCAGUUGUUUACUCAGCACAAACAAACCCUCAACAUGCAGGUCUUCAUCUUCGCUAUCUUGAUCGCUGCCGUCGCCGCAAAUGUCGCUUACCCCAAGCCCGCAUACCCCGCACCGGCUUACCCCGCCGCCUAUCCACCAAAGAGCUACGAUUAUGCCCCAAUGCCCUACAACUUCGCCUGGGCUGUGAAGGAUGACUACACCUACAACGACUACGCUCACCAGGAGACCGCUGACGACAAGGGUUACGUCACCGGAUCUUACCGUGUCCUUCUCCCCGACGGCCGCACUCAGAUCGUCACCUACAAGGCUGAUGAUUACUCCGGCUACGUCGCUGAUGUGAAAUACGAGGGUGAAGCCAAAUACCCCGAAUACAAUAAACCCGCAUACAAGGCCGCCGCUUAUCCCGCACCAGCCUACCCCGCACCAGCCUACCCUGCUCCGGCCUACCCCGCUGCUUACCCUAGUAAAUACUAGACUGUUUGCCGACAAGCCCUGAAUAUUUAUGGAGUAAAGUUAAAUACAAGCAUUUUUUUUGUGUAAA